GGCAUGAGAGUUCUGACUCAGCUGGUGGCCACCUACCCCCAGGGCUUUAAGAUCUGGAUGAACCCCAUCACUCCCAUCAUCAGGUUGUGCCACCCCAACAUCAUCCGGUCUGUCAUCAAUGCCUCAGUCACCAUUGCACCAAAAGACGAGGCCUUCUACAAGUUCCUGAAGCCCUGGCUGGGGGAUGGGCUCCUGGUAAAUGCCAGUGACAAAUGGAGCCGCCACCAUUGGAUGCUGAUGCUCGCCUUCCAUUUCAACAUCCUGAAGCCCCAUAUGAAGAUUUUCACUGACAGUGUGAAUAUCAUGCAUGCCAAGUGGCAGCUCCUGGCCUCAGAAGACGGUGCCCAUCUGGACAUGUUUGAGCACAUCAGCCUUGUGACCUUGGACAGUCUGCAGAAAUGUGUCUUCAGCUUUGACAGUCAUUGUCAGAAGAAGCCCAGUCAAUAUAUUGCCACCAUCUUGGAGCUCAGUUCCCUGGUGGCAAAAAGAAACCGGAAUAUCCUCCUGCACAUGGACUUUCUGUAUUAUCUCAACCCCAGUGGAUGGCGCUUCCGCAGGGCCUGCUGCCUGGUGCAUGACUUCACAGAAGCCAUCAUCCAGGAGCAGCGCCACACCCUUACUAGCCAGGGAGUUGAUUAUUUCCACCAAGUAAAGGCCAAGUCCAAGACUUUGGACUUCAUUGAUGUGCUCCUGCUGAGCAAGGAUGAAGAUUGGAAGGAGUUGUCUGAUGAGGAAAUAAGAGCAGAAGCUGACAACUUCAUGUUUGAGGGUCAGGACACCACGGCCAGUGGCCUCUCCUGGGUCCUAUACAACCUUGCAAGGCACCCAGAAUACCAGGAGCACUGCUGGCAGGAGGUGCAAAAGCUUCUGAAGGACCACGAGCCUAAAGAGAUUGAAUGAUGAGGAUGGGAUGACUUGGCCCAGCUGCCCUUCCUGACCAUGAGCUUCAAGGAGAGCCUGCGGCUGCAUCCCCCAGCCCCGGUCAUCUCCCGACGCUGCACCCAGGACAUUGUGCUCCCAGACGGCCGAGUCAUCCCCAAAGGUGUUGUCUGUCUCAUCAGUAUUUUUGAAACUCACCACAACCCAACUGUGUGGCCGAAUCCUGAGGUCUAUGACCCCUUCCGCUUCGACCCAGAGAAUAGCAAGGAGAGGUCACCUCUGGCUUUUAUUACCUUCUCAGCAGGUCCCUUCCCCCGCACCAGGAACUGCAUUGCGCAGGCGUUUGCAAUGGCUGAGAUGAAGGUGGUCCUGGCACUCACGCUGCUGUGCUUCCGUGUCUGUCCGGACCACACGGAGCCCUGCAGGAAGCCGGAGGUCAUCAUGUAUGCAGAGGGCGGACUUUGGCUGUGGGUGGAGCCCCUGAGCGUGGACCCACAGUGA